AUGGGCUCAGUCUACAACCGCUUCUCUGACGGCCCAACCAUGAUCCUACCCUCAUCUCAAAACCAUCCCUCAUUUCAGUUCCCUUCCCAGUCCGUACAGGGCUUCCAGGCCUACGAUUCUGGCUCCUGGUCAAUGGACGCGGUAUACGCGAACCAAUUCAAAGGUCCAACGCGUCACUCUUCUAGCUGGACCCCUUCCUCUUCUUCCAAGACUAUAUUCACCAACCCCUCACGCAAGAGGUCGCGUAACGACAGCGAGGAUGAUGAUAUCUCUAGCUCGAAACUGAGCUUUGCGCCUUCUAUACCUGCCGUAGAAGCACCGAUCUACGGUGAAGGCAUGGUCCUUUUGAACCCUCGUACUGGUAUGGCCGUGUCAGCCGAAAGCCAGACCGGCACAUGGUACGAAGAAGAAGCUGUAAAGAAAACCAUAUCUUCACGGAUGCAGCAAUUCAACAACGGAGAUGGACCAAGUCGCAAAUCUCAACGUCUUGACACUUCGGCAUCCCACGCUGACGACGUUGAACUCGCUUGGAUUCAACAGCAAAUGCAAGCUACGACAAAUGACGACAACCGCCGCUCGUUUGGCAAGAAUAGUCCUCUCGAUAUGGCAGAUGAACCUCGCGUUGAUGACGUGACUCUUCUGCUUGGUAUAAGCUGGCAACGCGUCAUCCAUGAUGGCGACAUGGGACCAGCCGUCUCUGGCUGGGAAAAGUAUAUUAACAAUCAUUUUUAUAAAUAUAUGCGGAACGCUCGCAUCAUUCUGAAAAACCGCAGCCUCAACGCAUAUCUGGUUGCUGCCCUUCCAGCACAAGAUGUUCCGCUUCAGGAUACUCCUAUGCAUAGUAACUACGCUGCUAUGUCUAAAGCACAAUUGGUUGCCUCGACAUUAGACAACUGUCUACGAAACAUUCGAUCGACACCGAUUCAGUUUGAAGGAUUUGAAGUAUUACGCGCUUCUGAACGAUCACCUGAGCGCACUGUUGUUCCAAGCGAUGUCAUCAACUGUGUCGUUGGAAACGGCAUCCCAAUUGCACGCAUUAGCAAAGAAGACCAUGCUGUAACCGGCGAGAAGGUCAAUAUGAACAAUGAUAUGGCAAUGAGCAUGGGCACGGACAUGGACGUCGAUCUAUAA